AUGGCGCAAGAGAAGUCACUGAAAAAGCUGCUGGCGGAGAGGAGAGUCGACAUGACGUAUGAUAAGGAGGGGAUGUCCCAGGCUUGGUUGCCUUUCGAUGCAAUCGAGGACAUCCUUGGGUCUGAUAAGGGCCAGAACUCACUCCGCACUAGUUCAGGGGACAAUGACAAGCUACGGGCAUUCGUCACCAAGUCAAAGCGUCUCUGGGCCCUUCUUGUCCAUGUCAAUCGCUUGGGGUGGCUCGAGUCCUUCUGCGAUGCAGACUUUGGAGACAGCUUCUUUCCAAUCAAGCGAAGUGGAAAUUGGAAUCUACGGUCGCGUAGCAGCAACAAGCUUGUGGUCAUGCCUGGCAAAUCUGAUGACGACGAGACGGCCUUUGAUUCUAUCGAAGACCAACAGUGGCAGUUCUUUGUGCCAAUCUUCGGGCCGAAAAGCUUCGCUUGCGCAUUCGACUAUCAUUGCAGAAUGCCCUUUAUCAGAGAGUUUCGUACAGAGGACACAAACUUCAGCGCUGUCACGGAGUUCGUGAUACAUCGAAAUCACUUGGACUUCCGAUCCAAUGGCCAAAUCGGAGCCGUGGUUGACGAGGAUGGAAACCCUCACGUUGCUGUGAAGGAGUUGACGUCAGCCAAAUCUCUCGAUUGGAAUAACUUUAAGAAGCUUGUUGAGAACGAGGCAUCGGUACUGCUCCACUUUGGCAAACAGGACCACCCGCAUUUCAUCCAAACAAUUGCGAGGUAUACGCAAGGAACUAGACACUUCUUCGUUUUUCCUUGGGCGAAGGGCGGCAACCUGCGCAACUUCUGGAAAGAACAGCCGAGCCUGAGCACUGCAUCGCUCAACUUCAGUCAGACCUUCUGUGUCGAUUACAUUAAAUGGUUCUUUGAACAACUUCUUGGUCUCUCAGGAGCCAUCGAGAAGCUUCAUAACCCGCCCAACCAACCAGGUGGUUCCUGCCGGCAUGGCGAUCUCAAGCCAGAGAACAUACUCUGCUUCUGCAGCGUCGUCCCCAAAGCAGGAGAUUUACCGACAGAUAUCAAGCUCGUGAUCGCGGACGCAGGGCAUGCAAGGAUUCACGAAAAGGCGACAGAUCUCCGUGGGGAGAGGACCACCACCCAAGCUGGCACGCAGACUUACACACCGCCAGAGGUUACAGUGCAAAGCGACAAGGCCAGGUCUCGGCGAUAUGACAUUUGGUCCAUCGGAUGUCUGUACCUUGAAUUUCUCAUCUGGAUACUGUACGGAAGCGACGGGCUCGAAGCGUUCCACAACGAUGUCAAACGGGCCCAACCAUACACAUUGUACCGGCUCAACCCAGACGUGUCCCUCAAGCCCGAAGUCCAAGGGUGGACCGAGAACAUUAAAAAGGAUCCCAGAUGCGCACCUAUCACGUCGACAGCCGUUGGUCGCUUGAUCGAUCUCAUCGAGAAGAGGUUGCUGGUUGUGAAUAUCGGGAUUCAACCUGCCAAGGCUACUCGACCUUUUUCAGCAAGCGAGAAAGAACCAAUGACACCGCCUGAGCCGGUGGCAAUAUCUGUUCGAGCGCCUACAUUCGAUUUAAACCAGAUGCUUCAUACUCAACGGGCUGAUGCCCGCGAGAUGUUGGAGGAAAUGGAAAAGAUUGUGAAGUCUGCUCUUGCCCAUGAGUCCAAGCUACUGAGAUCGAACGGGAUCCAACCGGGCUUUCCAUACCGACUGGCCGCAGGGAGCACCACGCACAUCAAGAAACCCGUCCAGUACGCCGCCUUGUCCCAUCGAUGGGGCUCGCCAGACCACAAGCCGCCCGCAACAGUCGACUUUGCGGCAACGACAUGGGAUAAUUUGCAUAUCCUCCAGGACGGUAACGGAAUCAAAGACGGCGCUCUUCCCAAGACGUUCCAGGACGCUAUCACAGUCACCCGGAAACUCAGGAUACCAUACCUUUGGAUUGACUCCUUGUGCAUUCUUCAGAAGACUGGAAAAGGGGAUGACAGAGAGCACAAAAAGGACUGGGAAAAAGAAUCACUACUCAUGGAGAAGGUCUUCAGCUCCGCCUACUUGACCAUCGCGGCCAGCUGUGCGGAGCACAGGUUCGAUGGGUUUCUCAAGAAACGGCAGCAGAGAGACUUCUCAACCAUGACUGCCAGCGAUGGAGCACAAUUCCAUGUCUGCCAGGUCAUUGAUGACUUUGAUCAUGACGUAGAGCAGGGCGAAUUGAACAAGAGAGGGUGGGUCUUGCAGGAGCGUGCUCUUUCAUGCCGGACAAUACACUUUACUGGGACGCAGACGUACUGGGAAUGCGGGAAAGGCAUCAAAUGCGAGACUUUCACAAAAGCAGAGAACCGCAAAGCAGCCUUCCUUGGAGACUCAAACUUCCCGCAUUCUGUCGAGGCCUUCAAACAUGGCCGGCAGAUUCAGCAUUAUCAAGGCCUAUACGAGCGAUACUCUUCACUCGGUCUCUCGAACCAAGAAGACAGGCCCGUCGCUAUCGCAGGCCUUGAACAGAGAUUGAUGGCUGCCCUCAAGUCGACCGGUGGUUUUGGCAUUUUCCAAUCAAACUUUCACAGAGACCUGCUUUGGCACCGCCAACAUGGACGUCCCACCUUGGAGCGAAUCAAAUUUGGUCAAUCGGUCCAAGUCCCCUCAUGGUCAUGGAUGGCUUUUGGAGGAGAGAUAAGAUACAUGAACGCCCCUUUGGGAGGUGUCGAAUGGAACCGCAAGGUCAUCUCGCCGUUCAAGGUGCCCGAUGAGGGCAACUCAAGCACGUUCAGGGCCCAACAUCCCAUCGAUUUCCAGGCACCAGUGCUCAGACUGAAGGGUGAGAGGCCGAAGUUGCUGUUGCAAGAUGAGCCGAGUCGGGAGCUGGACCACCCUCUCAAAUGCGUUGUCAUUGGAAGCAACAAGGACGGCAAUAGCAGGUCUCGUCAACACUACGCCAUCAUUCUUUCGUCAAUUCGGAAGAACGGUUUUCAUCAAUUUUACGAGAGGAUCGGGGUUGCAUACCUGACUGAAGAGGAGUUGAGCAACGUGGAAAAUGAACAGGAGACUGAACUUGGGACCAUUCGCUAG